AUGCAGAACAACAUGCAAGCAAACAGACAGAUCAAGUCAUCUCGACAUGUUUUACAUACUGUCUUUACCAACUCACUUUUCCCCUCACCCUCCAGUGUUCAAGUCGACCAUGACAACAAAGCUGCUGGCCCUGUCCUCAACUUCUUACCCAGUCGUUCAAGUAAGCUCAAGCUCACCCUUCUCAUUGACAACACGGGAGCAUGUGCUGAUUCGUACCAGUGGCGUGCACAAGGACAGUCUGCGUUCAACAACAUCAAGCAAUCUCUAAUCUGCGGUGGGUACAAUGCUCGCCGAGAACAGACUGCUGUCGUUGAUGCACUCAAGAGGGAUCAGUUUGCUGAGAGGGUUCUCACAUUGCUUCAGCACCCAUAUUACACUGGCAAAGGCGAGCAUGCUGAGCUGCUUGACUCGCCCGGUCUGCGGUUCGUUGAUGAAGAUACCAGGAAGAAGAGGACACACAUUGUCCUUGUCAAAGUCGCAUCUGGUAGGACAACUUGGGGCGAUGCCAUCCAGAGAGUGCUUAUCAACGCGGCGGCGUCCCAGGCGAGCUUGGAUGAAGGAGUCACCCAGGGAUAG